AUGGCGCGCAGUGUUGAAGUGAUAUUCACCACCUCCGUCGGUGGCGUGAGAACUAUAUCGGCCAUCGUUCUUACUCUGCUGUGUUUUUCCAGCGUCGUCCGUUGCAGUGACAGUGAAAAGUCCGGCGACGUUCGCCUACCGCCAAUGUAUCAUUUUGAGAAUAAAAAUAGGUGCCUUUCCGAUGAUCCCAGCAACAUCUACUGUGUGGCAAGAACCAUCGUCAAACCGGACAAUUCAUCCAAUGUGUGGAAAAUAAUUAAGGAAAACUCCAUAGAAGACACCCAAUACCGCCAUUACCUGUUAGACCGGGGGUUUUGUAUUAAGACUUGCACUAAACUCGUAAAUGGUUUAACGGAAGAUCAGAAACGAUUCUUCGACCAGAAAAAAUUUUACGUUGAAACACCGUACAUAUAUGAUGCCACAUUCAUCCCUGGAAUGGAAAACUACAAACGAGACUACGGAAGAACCACCAACAUCUGCCUCGGUUAUCAGCUGCAACGUGACUACAAUCUUUCCAGCUAUUCCGAAAUAGAACACUGUACCACCUCAGACACCUUCAACAAGCCGAUCACCGUGUUUCACGUCCUAUUCGCCGUUUCGAUUGGCGCCAUCAUUCUCCUAGUGCUUCGUGCCACAUUUCGUGACAACAGGGUCGUGCGAAAUCUUAACAACAACCAUGUCACCGUGGAGGACAGUUCCAGCUCGCCGGAAAAUGACAUCUGGAUGGAGUUCUCGCUAAAUCGUAGCUUCCGGCGGCUGUUAGCUGAGCCACGGACCAAACUACAACGGGACUUGGCCUUCAUGGAAUCGGUGCGCGUUCUGUCGGUGUUUUUCAUCAGUACACUGCACACUACUAUGGCGUUCGGGGCAAGCCCGAUGGCUAAUCCGGAACAGUUGGAAGCACUAUUCAGUAAUGCUGUAGUGAGGACUGCUUCGGCCGUGUUUCCGUUUUUGGUGCACACGUUUUUCACCAUCGGUGGGAUGUUGCUGGCGGUGCAUUUUUUGGAUUUCAUCGAGACCGGGCCCAAAUUUCGUUGGUCGAUAUUUUUCGGUGGAGUGAUGAAUCGGUAUUUGAGGAUGCUUCCGGCGUACUUAAUAAUGUGGCUGUAUCAAGUUUCGUGGCUCGACCGGAUUGGAAAUGGUCCGACCGCGCAUAGGCUGGUGGAUGUCGAGAUGCACUUUUGCAAGAAGAACGGCUGGACAAAUUUUCUGUUCAUCAACAACUACUACAAAUAUAAUGAGGCUUGUAUGCAACAAACCUGGUACAUGGCUGCUGACUUCCAAUUCUUCUUCAUUGGUAUGAUCAUUAUGAUGCUUCUUUGGAGAUUUCCAAAAUCAUCGAAAGUAGCAAUAGCGACGAUGAUGACUGUCUCAGUAGUCGCUCCUAUAAUCAACAAUUACGUUUUCAACUUCGUGGGAGUUAUCUUGCUCAAUUUCAAACACCUACGCUUCAUGCUCUUCCACUACGAAUGGAUGCAGCGAGAUUACGUUCUGGCACAUCCUCACACGUGUAGUUACUUUUCCGGCAUAAUCGCGGGAAUAGCGUACCACCGUGCUCAGAAAGAUCCGAAAUACCUUGGAAAGCUAACCAUUUACAAACAUUUGAAGCGGAUUGCGCCGUUGAUGGUGCUGCUGAUGUCUGCUCCGGCAACAUUUUUCUACGGUAUCCAUCCAAGUUCUCCUUCACUGUGGAUGGCAAUUUACGCGUCCGCACAUCGGAACUUUUUCGGAAUCAUGUGUGGAGUGGGUCUUUUGUACGGUGCCACAGAUGGUAGCAGUAAGAUACCGUCCAUCUUUAGGCACAGGGUUGUAUUAGCAAUCGGGCGCUUGUCGUUCUGUGUUUAUCUGGCACAAUUCAAUGCGAUUAGAUUUUACUUUUUGAAUGUAAGCGAAAAUGGGUUUGUUGUGAAUGUGCAUAAUUUUAUAAACGCCUGCCUGGUAGUCUUUGGUUUAUCAUACGGAGCGGGACUGCUACUUUGUACAAUGGUUGAGCUUCCGGUUGCUGCGGUCAUUAAACGGCUUCAAGGUGCUUCGAAAUCUUCUAAGGAAUCGAUCAAAACGGAAACGGAGAUCAAUGGAAACGGAAAGAUUAAGUAUACCUAAAACUACCUCAACGGGAAUUGUAAUAUGUAUAGAUGUAUAUGCUUUGAAUUUAUUGUUAAAUAAAGAGUAUUUGGACUGA